UUUCCCGUUUGUCUUGUAUCACCUUUUCAAUCUCCGUCUCUUACGCCCUACCUCUCCAUCUUUUCCUCUUCCUCCUCUUAUACCGAACUCUUCGCUCCUUCGCAAACCACCCGACGUUCAUUCACGCCCCACCUCGCGCUUGAAAAUAAUCCACCUCCCACCACAUACCGAACACCAGACCUUGACGGCCAUGUUCUCCACCACUACCACCGCUCCCACCACGCCCGACUUUGUCCCUCAGUCUCCAUGCUUUGAGGACAGGACCCACCCCGCCUCGAUGGCGCCCUGUGGCUACCACAACCCCGCCCUGCUUGAGUUCAUCCGCACAGACGUCUCUCGCGAGCUUGUCUACUACCUCGCGGACAGGACGACUUCUGUGAUCGGCCAGGCUACCAAAGACGCGGCUCCCCUCUCUCCUCCCACUACCCCCACCAAGGAGGACUCUGACGCGGCUGCCGGUCUGCCUUCGCUGGAAACCUUUGUCGCUGUCGUGUGCGAGCAGUCGAACGUGCAAGUAUCUACCCUUCUUGCCACGCUCGUCUACCUCGAACGACUUCGACACCGAUUGCCGAAAGUCAACAAGAGCAUGCCUUGCACGCGCCACCGAGUCUUCCUUGCUACCUUGAUCGUUUCUGCCAAGUACCUCAACGAUUCGUCGCCCAAGAACAAGCACUGGUGCAAAUACGCCCAGAUGUUCCCUGUCAGCGAGAUCAACCUUAUGGAGAAGCAAUUGCUUUUCCUCCUUGGCUACGACCUUUCCAUCGGAGAGCAAGAGAUUCUUGACAACUUUGAGCCUUUCCUCAGCCGAUACUCAUUCUUCUCUUCCCCGAACGUGGCUUCAUCGCCCGAGCUCCCUCCCACACCCGUUACCCCUGCCCUCCCCCCUCGUCGUCACUCCAAGAGGCACCAGCGAACCACCUCCCUUGGUUCCCGCACAUUCGUCGCCCCUCCUCUCGAUCGUUCCGGUUCUUCCUCGUCCCUCGAAUCCGAUGACGGGCCCGUUACUCCCCGCGAAUCGCCUUCGCCUGUGGUUGCCCAUGCCCAGCGAGGCUACGCCUCCAAGUCUCAGGCCCAGGGCAAGGCGCAGGGUCAGAGACCGACGGCGAUCUACGAAGUGCCCCUCAACAGCAGCACCUACCUCCCCCAAUCGAUGUCUAUCGAAUCUAUCCGAUCUGUCAGCCAGACCAAGGUCGCCCCUGCUGUUGUUCCUUCAGGCAAGGAAAACUUUUUGCAGCGAUUGCUUCGAUCGGAUAAGAGACGGAAGGCGCCUUUGGAGGAGAUCGAGAACCAGAACCAGAGCAUCAGUUCGUUGUCAUCUUGGGUAUACUAGAGCAGGACUCUAGUAUCUGGGUCUUGGGCAUAUAUGGGUAGUGAGGAGUUUCGGCGGUGCCGGCAACGUUUUGGGCUCUUUGGAAUCGGAUCUAGUUGUGUAUGAGUUUGUAAAUCUCUCGUACUUGUUGUGUUCUCUCUCUCUUCAUUGUGGACAUUCUUUACGUAUUCACGUAUCUCUCCCUCAAUCAGUAUCAAUCAUCAGUACGAUCUAUAGUAGUUGACCUACAUAUCAUGACUUUGCAUGCCUUCGGCACCCUCACUUUCGUUCUUCGCUUUUGUUCCUCUGUUACAGCUUAUGGUUACGACCCUGGUUGGUCCAUUGGAAAAGAAAUAGAUGCAAUAGUCUCCUCUCAAUGUCAUGAAAUGACCUGAAGACUGGUCAAUUGUCUUACCGUGUUGCACGUCCGAGCAGAAG